AUGGCUUUCAGCGCGACUGGAGGAUCUUCCUCAUCAACUCCUCUUGUGCCAUCAUAUUCUCUCCCAAACGCCGGCGAAGUGAGCAUCGAAGACGACUGGACGGGAGUUCAAAACCGCAAGGAGAAGAAGAGGAUUCAAAAUCGGGUUGCGCAACGAAGCUACCCUAAAGGCCAGCGCAUGAAGGCGCGUCUUGCGGAACUCCAGGCCAAAGUCGCGUAUCAUGAACAAGCCCGAUCACAACUGAACGAGACUCGAAGCAAUGCACCCGAGAAUCGGGUGUCUGAUCCGCUCAUGUGCGCUCCAGGUCUACCAACACCCAGAGAUUCAGGAUCACCGAAAGCAACAGAAAGGUUGAACCCACGGCUUCAGGCACCACCGCCAGCUUUUGAAGAGCAGCCAACUAAUAAGAAUGAUAGAGCACCUCUAGAUAACCCCCAAGGCUCUCAGUCAUUUUCGCAAGCCCGUUCCCCCCUCUUAGAAGAUCGAACCGACAGGGCAUCGAGGAUAUACGACGGGCUCUUCCUCGACCAUAUGCACGUCCCAAAGCAACAACUAGGAAGAUUAAACCACCAAGUGCAUAAUCCCUUCCCACAGGAAGACUCUGCGAAGGACAAUACCACAACCCCGUUUGCUACAGCGAUGACCGGAGAUGCACAAUCAAGUGUGCAGAAUUUCGCAGCCAGCUCCGUCGACCUCAUGGAUUCUGUUUCUAAUACCCCAAGCUCACCGCCCAUGUCGGCCAGCCAGGCCUCAUUGGAUGAGAGAUUUGAGCUCAUUAUGGAGUGCGUCGCGGCCACUGGAUUUGACAGCUUCGACACGCUUGUAACGGCGUAUUAUAACGAGACGUUUGGCGAAUCAUCUCCGUUAGCCAAUGAGCAACGGUUGAGCCGAAAUAGACGGCUGCCGAGGGUUAUCGCCGACGUGUUCGAUGCGGCUGGCGGGUGGAGUCCCUGGGAACGGCGAGGCUUCCAUGAAGAGAUUUUAAAAACUACCGAGACGAUGCUGUUAUCGGAGAGCGACCGUGUCCGAAAUGUCCUCAACGCUAGUAUCACGUCGUUGACUGAGCUGCGGGACAGACACAACACAUCAUCCACGGAACAGCAAGAAAUGCUGGCAACGAAGAGGAUGAUCCAGAACGAGCUACCCAACCGCUGGGCGCUGAUGAUGGCUCUGGCAGCCGAAAAUCGGGCAGCUUGGCAGCGAGAUCGAUCUGACACGGCUCUGGCAGCCAUUCUCCUACUGCACUGCGCAGGCCGUUUGCCAAAGGAACAGCUCCUCAAACUGCUCGGCGACUGUCUCUCCAAUGUUCCGUGA